CUGUCAUUUUUUAUUAUUUACUUAAAAUAUUAUUUUUCGAAAUCGGCUGCAACGGUAUGGAUUGGUGAAAAUCUGUGCAAAAUGCCUGCGACCAGUGUAGCUAGUCUAUUUGUCGGAACAUUAGUGGGCUUGGUGAUUGGCUACGUGCUUUGGGAAUGUGCGUACGCAUUCAUACCAUCUCUGAGAAAUAGUAAAUAUCGCAUUACCGAAAGCGUACGAAUGUCAAUACAACCGACCGAAGAUGACGAUUAUCACGAUAGCAGACAAUUAAUCGAUCUCUACAAUUUCACGUACAUUAUGAACCAGCCUAGCUGCAAUCCCAACAUCCACGCAUUGGUAGUCGUACCUUCGGCGCCUGAGAAUCGAGAUAAACGCAAAUUGAUACGACAAACGUGGGCGAAUUUCGUCGAGUUGCCAUUACAUAAGAACAACAUACCCUUUCGUGUGGUCUUUAUGCUUGGCAUACCCGGCACCGAGACGAAUCAGGCAGAGUUGGAGCGGGAGAAUUUCGAAUACGACGAUAUGGUGCAAGGUUCAUUCGUCGAUAGCUAUGAGAAUAUGACCUACAAACAUGUGAUGGCCAUGAAAUGGUUUCUCACCUUUUGUGGUAAUUCUAAGAUUCUCAUUAAAGUGGAUGACGAUGUCUUUCUCAACACACCGCAAUUGAUGAUCUACCUGCACAACACUAUGUUACAUAAUCAGAUACCCCAAACGGACAAUCAGGCCGGCGAACACAUCACCAACAUCAGCAAGCCUCUGAAGCUACUCUUUAGACAACAGAGGGAUCUAUUGUUUUGCAAUCGAAAGAUUGGUGUACGUGUACAUCGUAGUUAUCGUUUUAGGUGGUAUGCCAGCUAUAGGAACUAUCCCAACAAAACAUAUCCACCAUACUGCCCGGGUUAUGGCAUCGUCUAUUCAGGCGAUGUUGUGCGACGCUUGUACGAUGCAGCACAGAGAGCCAAAUUCUUUUGGAUCGACGAUAUACACAUAACGGGCUUAUUGACGAAUCAGUUAAACAUUAAGAUUGUUCCAGCGCAGGCUUAUACAGUCUUUUGCGCGGUGGACCAGCCCACUUGUGAUAUACUUCAAGAUAAAACAGGUGAUUCCAACCCACACGAAUAUUUGUUUUCAUAUUCGCCGACGUCUGAUCAAAUGCACAAUAUGUGGCACUUACAUCUUGGAAGGUUAAGGGACUAUAUUUUCUCAGAUGUGGAGAAGAGGGUUUCACAUGUUGACUCCAUUGAGACUGAAUUAUGAGCUGCUAUUAUAUGCUAUGGUUGAAGGAAGUAUAUUACUAGAGGGAGCCGUAUAGAAAUAGGAACUUAAGUCGAUUUGGUUUUUCAUAUUUCCGUGUAACAGUGAGCUUUAUAGUACAAAUUAUAAUAUAAAAUAAAUAAUCUUAUAUAAUAACACUGUGUUUGUAAAUCAAUUUCCUGCAGGGUCGUGUGAAAAAAGUACUGUAUAAACAGCCGCGCCAGCUUAGACUUCAACAGGUGUGCAUAAGGACAUGUUACUGUUUAAUACAAUUUCUUGUCUAACCUCAUCCUGCAGGUGCGCUGAUGUAUAAUAUAACAGAAUUGCAGAUGAAGUGAAGAAAAACAUUUGAUUUCACUUCAACUUUUUCUAUAUAUAAUUAUUUGAUUAUGAAUAUUGCUUGAGAAUUUCUUC